AUGGCUAUCGAUCUAGGCUUGUCUCGAAUAGGCAGUUUAUUGGACCAUAUUGGGAACCCUCAUAAGAAGUUGAAAGUUUUGCACAUUGCUGGUACCAAUGGAAAGGGAUCCGUUUGUUCAUAUUUAUCGUGGAUACUAAGACAUAACCAAAAAAAUUCGCAUGCUACAAGAAUUGGGAAAUUUACCUCACCACAUUUAAUCAAGAUUACUGAUUCUAUAACGGUAAACAAUGUUGCAAUGCCUGAGUUGGAAUUUAAGAAAAUUAGAUCAGAUUUAUCCACUAUUAACGAUAAGUUUAAAUUAAAUUGUUCGGAAUUUGAAUUACUAACGUGUACGGCUUUGAAAUAUUUUCAUCAGGUUAAUUGUAGAUAUUGUAUCCUAGAGGUUGGUCUGGGCGGUAGAUUAGACGCUACUAAUAUUAUUCCUGGAUCUUCUAAAUUGGCAUGUGGUAUCACAAAGAUUGGACUUGACCAUGAAAGUUUCUUGGGAAAUACCUUAUCGCAGAUUGCGAUGGAAAAGGCUGGAAUUAUUACACCUGGAGUAAAAUUUGCUGUAGUCGAUGGAUCUAAUGAUGAGACAGUCUUAGAUGUGGUUAGAAAAGCUAGUGCUGCUGUUGGCUGUCAAUUGAAAAUUACAAAUGGGUUAGUAGGUAAUAAGACUAUUGAUACUGACUCAUGGGGUAUUCUAAAUCCUGGAAAGUUACCUUUAAAUGGUGAAUAUCAAAUUUUUAAUUUAAGAGUAGCUAUUUCCAUACUAGAUUACUUACAAACAAGUAAAGAAAUUAUGAUAACAGAAGGUGAUCUCAAGAAGGGUUUAGUGUCUGUGACAUGGCCAGGAAGAUUACAUAAAGUCAGGUAUCACUAUAGUGACGCACUUGAUAACCGUGAAAUAGCUUUAACUUUGACCUUAGAUGGGGCCCAUAACGGCAGUGCAGCUAUUGAAUUGGCAAAAUAUUUGAGACAUGAAUUUGGAGAAACUCCGAUAACAUUUGUUUUAGCAGUUACUUCUGGGAAGAAGUUAGCACCAUUAUUGGAUCCUUUAUUAAGAGAAAACGACCGUGUCAUUGUUACCAAGUUUGGAUCAGUAGAUGGAAUGCCAUGGAUUCAGGCUACUGACCCCAACGAAUUAUGUCACUUUAUUGAACAGAGGUAUACUCGAAACGUGGAAGUUCAACCGGACUUAUCAAAAACAUUACCAGCUCUCGCAUCAGAGCAACUGACAACAAACAAUAUAUCUAAUAACUAUCCAAUUGUUGUAUGCGGCUCACUUUACUUAUGUGGUGAGUUACUCCGUGUCCAUAACAGCAAUCUUGGACAAUAA